UGGCCACACACAAUCUGGUUAUUUCGUUACUGUAUGUAGCUGUAAGGUUAAAGCUUGCCACACACAGGCAUAUUAAAGUGACCGAUUAUCUGUUUAUUGUAGAAUUAAUUGAUUUGGUGCGUAUUUGUACAGUGUGAUUUAUUUUUUAUUUUUUUAUGAAAAGCAAGAAACCAUCAACGAAACUGACAGGUUGCUGACAGAAACUGAAACGUUUCUUUAUCUAUAGCUCGUUAUGAUUGCCACUAACCUUCCCUAAAAGAGCUAGCUAGCUAGCUAACGUUACUUAGUGGGAUACAGAAGUCACACUCAGGUCACAAUGGGGAAGAAGAGGGGAAAGGAGAAGAACUUCAAAGAAGACGAUACAUUUGACGUGGCAGGUCCUUCCUGUGUGCACAUCCGUAAGGGCAUAGACCAGAGCCUCCUGAGGAAGACUUCAACAGACGUGACCUGGAGCACCUGCCAGGACUGUAAAGAGGAGGAUGCCCCGGUGAAGUCGGAGGAGCAGAAUGGGGAGUGCCCGAUGGUCUGGGUCUGCCUGAAGUGUGGUCACCGGGGCUGCGGGAGGUUCAGUGAAAAUCAGCAUGCGAUCAGACACUACGAGAAGCCCCGCUCGGACCCGCAUUGCCUGGUUCUCAGCACGGACAACUGGAGUGUGUGGUGCUACAUCUGUGACGAUGACGUUCAGUAUUCGAGCACGGGGCAGUUGGCUCAGCUGGUGAAGGGCAUUAAGAAGCUAGCUCUCUCUGAGUCCCCGACGAGAACACCGCAGAAAAAAGUGAAGGAGGAGGCCAGCAAGGUCGAUGCCGUCGUGGAAGAGAAGAAGGCCCCAGAGAUUCCCAUCGUGCCCGAGAAGGAGACCCGUGUCCUGCAGUCGAAGGAAAACCAGAAGAAUGCUGGGGACUCCAAAGGUCAGAGGUCAGGAACGGCUACAAGUGGCCCCAGCGUGUUGGUGCGAGGCCUGAGCAAUCUUGGCAACACAUGUUUCUUCAACGCCGUCAUACAGAAUCUAUCCCAGACGCAGCUCUUGAGACAGAUUCUGACUGAUGUGACCGACGAGAGAACCAGCCUCACCAUUACCCCUGACUCAUCCACAGAGCUGGACCCCAUUGCAAUCCCAUUGGAGCAGCCUGGCUCCCUCACCCUGGCCAUGCGCCAGCUGCUGAACGAAAUCCAAGAGACCAAGAAGGGCGUGGUCACACCCAGGGAGCUCUUCUCACAAGUCUGCAAGAAGGCUGCCAGAUUUAAAGGGUUCCAGCAGCAGGACAGCCAGGAGCUUCUGCGGUAUCUUCUGGAUGGGAUGAGGGCCGAGGAGACCAAGAGAGUAAGCUUAGGGAUCGCUGAGGCUACAAAAAGGUCUGGAAAAACCACUGAUGCUGAAGAAUUAAAGAAAAUAGUUAAAGCGUACGAGAGAAAUGGAGCACCCAAGAACUUUGUGGACCAGGUUUUUGGGGGAGAGCUUACCAGCACAAUCAUGUGUAAACAAUGCAAAACUGUGUCUUCAGUGAAGGAGAUGUUUCUAGACCUCUCCCUUCCCGUUUCAGACGAGGCCUACAGGAAGAAGAAUCAGAAGAGAAUUGCGAAGAGCAGCGAGGGCCGGGAUAAGGACCGGGAUAAGGACCGGGACAGUCCCGUUCCACCCACCAGCGGAAACGAGGACAUUCCCACCGGCGCUGGGAGCAAGUACCAGCAGAAGAAAGCCAAGAAGCAGGCUAAGAAACAGGCAAAGAACCAGAGGCGUCAGCUGAAGCAAGGAGGGCGAGCAUCGCUGGAUGCCAUGGCCAAUCAAGAUUCAGCCGAGCCUACGGAGGGGGAGGACACUGAGACGUGCUCUCCAGGGGAGGGGGGGGACACUGAGACACCGGAGCCCAAUGGAGACGGUCAGGGGGUGGGGAACGCAGCUGAGGAAGAGGAGGAGUGCGAUGAAGACGGGGUGUCUGUGGCCAACAACCGUUUCACGGCCCUUUCCGAGGACCGGAAUGAGGAAGAGCGGGAUGGAGACGGCAAGCCGGCGGAGGAAGAGGAGGAUGCGGCCAUGGCCACGCCCACCCAGGAGGAAGACCAGCUCGCCGAAGACAUGACCCAGCUGUCCCUGGACAACGCCUUCAUCUCCCCCGAUGAUGUCCAGCCAGACGCAGGGAGUGAAGGCAUGACCACCACCGACACCAAGGAGUACACUGUGGUGAACCAGGACCCCGAGCUGGCCUUCCACACACUGGCCUCCAGGGCAGCACUGGAGAAACAGGAGUGUUCGGUGAGCUCCUGCCUGUACCAGUUCACCGAGGUGGAGAGCCUCACCCAGAACAACAGCCUGCUGUGCGUCACAUGCUCGAGACGGCAAUCACGGCCCAAAGCCGAUGGCUCCUGCACAAGGGUGUACACAGACGCUCUGAAACAGAUGCUCAUCUCGUCCCCUCCUCCUGUGCUCACCCUCCACCUGAAAAGAUUCCAGCAGGUUGCGUACAGUGUGUGCAAGGUGAACCGCCAUGUUCAGUUCCCUCAGAUUCUGGAUCUUGCCCCUUUCUGCUCCGCCAAAUGCCAGAACGUUCCAGAAGGACAGUCUCGGGUGCUGUACAGCCUUUAUGGGAUCGUUGAGCACAGCGGGACGAUGAGGUCUGGUCACUACGUGGCCUAUGUGAAAGCUCGACCCUCCACCCCUCCGACCAGCGCUCUCAACGGACCGACAGCGCAAGGUGAGGAGACGGUGCAGAAAGGCUGCUGGUUUCACGUGAGCGACAGCAGUGUGCACCCCGUGCCUGAGACCCAGGUGCAGAACUCCCAAGCCUACCUGCUCUUCUACGAGAGGAUCUCCUAGUGCUCCCGACCAUCACUGGGAGCAUCCCGAAGGAACAGAGCCUGCAUCCCGGGAGAUGGACAGUGGAAUUCCCACAGCGGAAUUUCCGACAGCAGAAUUCCAACCGCAUCCUUUGCCAUUCAGCUGCCUGUCUUUAGCAGUGUUGUAACGGAGAACUUGGGGAUUACGAGACCCUGCUUACCCGUUUUACUGUUUUGUGGUUAAAUGGAAAGGGGAGGGGAGUGAAAGGUUUAUGGAUCAUGUCAGGCAAACAGUAAUUCCAUGGAAUAAUAUGACAUCAGUAUAAUUCGGAACAUUUUCCACAUUAUGCAGAUUUGGCAAAGGGGAAAUGUGCACCACAAGGUCUUGUGAAAUUUACAUAAAUGUCUCUGCAAUGGUCACUGUACUUCCUGGAACUGAAAUAAUUAUGGUUAGACUGGAAGAGCACCAGAAUCCCUGUGUAAAUCACUGUAUACAAAAAUUACAAUUUGAAAUUGAUAGAACUUCUUUUGAAAAUGGUUUAAUUUUUUGAUGGGGGAAAAAUGUAAUUCACUUGUAUAUGAAUUAUUUAUUUCUUUAACUUUUUAUGCUGCCAAAAUGAAAGAAUUGUUGCAUUAAAGAUUACUGGAGGUCUAA